AUGGAGUAUACGCUCCCAGAAGCACCAUGGGCCGCCGCCAGACAUGUCAAGCCGAAACGGCUACCACAGGCUAUCGGCCACCGGGGGUAUAGUGCGGCCUUCCCGGAGAACACCAUGGCUGCUUUUCGAGGGGCGAUUGAGGUGGGAGCCACUGCACUUGAGGCCAACCUUCACCUCUCGCGGGAUGGUGUUGUUGUGAUAUCACAUGUGUCUUACCCAAGCUCCGACUGUAGCUGGGAUGACUUGAGUACUCUUCGUACCUUACGCGAGCCUAGCCAACCGAUGCCCCGGUUUGUUGAUUUCCUUGGAUACCUCAAUGAACCUGUCGCGGAGCAUGUCUGGCUCCUCCUCGACAUCAAAACAGACGAUGACACCGGUGAGCUAUUAACUGCCAUAGCUGCGGCAAUAGCCUCGGUACCUACAAGUAAGCGCCCAUGGACCGAGAGGAUCAUGCUUGGGCCCUGGGAUGCGGAUUGGUUUGCGAAAUGUUUGAGGCUUGUCCCCGGUUUCCCGGUCGCUUUAAUUGCCUUCUCGCCCGACUACGCCUCGGCUAUGCUGCCGGUCCCCAAUCUGAAUUUCAAUCUCUACAAUUACUCUUUCGCCACUUCAAGAGGAUCUCGCUUCAUAGUAUCCGCCAAAGAGAACCACCGGCUUGUAUUCUCGUGGUCGGAUAAUUCAGAUGAACUGAUGUCACUGAGCAUACGUAACCACGCUGACGGUGUGAUUACCGAUGACCCUUUACGGUUUAAAGAGCUAUGUACUCAGUGGGACGUGAAAGAGGUGAGAGAGCGUGCGAGUCAAUCCACAUUGAAAGGUACGAUCUUGUGGAUUAUCAUCAAUGCCUUGGUGAUAUUAGGAGAGGUGGUGGCUUACUGCAUCAGAGGUUCCCCUCGAUCACGAGUAGCAAAAUCAAUAGGAAUCUAG